AUGGAUGAUUUCGGCACACCUCAUCCCGAUAAGCCAUCGGCAGGGCCUUGGGAGGGCUGCGCUUGUGGCAGAGGGGGCUCUGGACACUGGGAGUCUUAUCUGGAACUAACGGGAAAUGGAGUAACCUUGGGCUUAAACCAAGCUCCCAUGUCUCCCCUACCUCCCCCGCUGACAGGAGUGCCCAACAACGGGGGCCUUCUGUGGCCAACGUCAGUCACACCUGCCCCUCCUCUCACCAGAGUCUGGCAGUCAGGCCCUUGCAGAGAAAGAAUAGGCUGCUAUCAGCGUGACCUGGCAGUGCUCAUCUCAGCUAUUUGGGCCAUCACUGUGUCGUUGUCCUCACUGGGCCAAUCCGUGCCUCUCAAUGGCGCUUUUAUUGGGCCUGUGACAGCUCCCUUUCAAGCGGUGUCAGAAGUUCACAUUCUCAAUUUCACUUCUUGGGUCAUCGUGACAUCACAGUCAAACAUUUGCCCCAGGGGAGGACACAGCGUAGAGAUUGUUAAAGCUCUUUAUGGAGAGACAAUUAUGGUGCCAUGCAACAAUGGAGACAACAAUCCAGAAGGCCUCCUCUUCACUAAGUGGAAAUAUGAAAAGGACGACGGGACCCCCGGGGAUCUCUUGGUCAAACAGGCGCAUAAGGACGAAGCGACAGUUUCAGCCAAUGACGGCUAUCAGAGCAGGGUCAGCAUCGCAGCCAACUCCAGCCUCCUCAUCACCAAAGGCACGAUGGCAGACGAGCGAACGUUCACCUGCAUGGUGGUGUCCAUGGCCAACCUAAAGGAAUAUCCGGUGGAAGUCCAAGUUCUCAAGAAACCAGCCCCACCUCAGAUCAAAGAUAAGGUGAAAGAACUGGAGAAUGGCAAGCUGACAACGCUGGGUGUGUGUGAGGCCUUAGAUGCCAACCCGCCUGCUGACAUCAUAUGGCUGAAGAAUGGGAAGCCCUUGGUAGGAGAUGGCACAAAGAUCAUAAUCACCCCAACGGUAACAAAGGACCCGAGCACAAAGCUGUCCUCCACUUCCUCAAAGCUGCAAUACACUGCAGAAAAGGAUGACGUUGGCUCCGAAUUCUCCUGCAGUGCUCACCACAGUCUGGGAAACCAAGACUCGGCUCCAGAGAGCUUCAGCAUUCACUAUCCGACUGAGGAGGUGAAGCUGCAGGUUCUCACACAGGGUCCCAUUAAGGAAGGAGAUAACGUGACACUGAAAUGUCAGGCGGACGGCAACCCUCCUCCCACCAACUUCAACUUCAACAUCAAGGGCACCAAAGUCCCCGUGACUGGCUCGGACAGCUACACUCUGACUGGGGUCACACGGGCAGACAGCGGCGAGUACAAGUGCUCUCUGAUGGAUAAUGACAAAAUGGAGGGCGGCCAGAACAUUGUUGUGAAUUACCUGGACUUCCGCCUCAGUCCCUCGGGGAGGGUGCUGAAGAACGCUGGAGACACCCUGGAGGUGGUGAUGGAAAAGAAUGCCUCUGGCGAUGCCAAGGUGAUAUGGACCAAGGACAAUGGCAAGCUAUCGGAGCCACCUGUGUUUGACAAGCUGACGUACGCUGACGCUGGCCUCUACGUGUGUGAGGUGUCUGUAGCAGGAUUGAAACGUAGCGGGUCCUUCCAUCUUGUCGUAGAAGGUGUUCCUGUGAUCACAAAGCUCAGCAAAGAAAUUAGCGCAGAUGGCCAACACAAGGUCCUGACCUGUGAGGCAAUGGGAUCGCCACAGCCGGACGUCCAGUGGAGCGUUAACGGCACUGCUGGGGAGAGCAGCUACUCUAACGGAAAGGCCACCUAUAAACUCUUGGUGGUGCCCAAUAAAAACAUGACCGUCCACUGCCAAGUGAGCAACAAACUGGGUGAGGACUCAAUGGCCAUCCACCUGUUACCAUUAUUUGAGGAAGAGCAAAACCCAUCCCAAGAUAAGAACAACGACAGCGACCAGUCCAAGCUGAUUGUGGGUGUUAUCAUUGGGCUCAUUGUGGCAGCUGCUCUUGUUGGUAUCAUCUAUUGGCUCUACGUGAAGAAAACAAGACAAGGCAGCUGGAAGACGGGAGAGAAGGAAGCCGGCACUUCGGAGGAGAGCAAAAAGUUGGAGGAGAAUAAUCACAAAGCAGAAGUGUAGAGCAGAGCCACCGGGGAGGGGGAGGGCCGCGCUAGACGGAGGGGCGAAGAAGGGAUGAUGCCGAGAGAGGCCUUGUCACAUUGAACACGCUGUGCAAAAAAAAAAAAAAA